GUAUGCGUGAAGGGGUGUCAUGGCGUUUAGUGCGCUGCGAUAGUUUCAAGGUGUUCCAUUGAAACUGAAAAUAACUCAACAAAUCAGCCAUAUGAACGAUGUUCGAACGAUUGUAGAAGUGAAUGGAGUGUGUGCUUGUCUUCUUCAAGCUUUCAAAUAAUGGUUUGCCUGUCUGGAACACGUGAAUCAUUUCUUGAACGAUGGAAGACUCAGAACGGCUCGACCGUUCGCCAGUAGGCCUAGAAACGUAUCGCAAUCCUGCCCAGUGCCUCGGAAAAAAUGCGAAUAGCACGCACGAUGACACCAUCGACAACCAUCUUGCUGACUCCGUGGACGGGAAAGAUGCCGAUGUCGCGGACGCGAAGUCUGAGGAGGCAAGUCUUGCUGCGCAGCUGAAAGAGACUCUGAACUUCGAACGCUACGCUGGUAUCCCAAAUGGUUGCGUUGUAACGCAGGACAAACUCAAUGGUGUUGUCCGCCACACACCAAAAGACGAGUGCACCAAAGAAGCAUCGGACAACGAUGCCCACACGGACUGUGCCACAGUGCGUACUGAGCAUUGUUCGUGUGUGUGUACCAAGGACGUUCAGUAUGUUGCGUACCAGUCGGAAAAACAGAUGCCAGACAUCAUGCGUCUGUUUCAGAAGGACUUGUCGGAACCCUACUCGAUAUACACGUAUCGUUACUUCAUACACAAUUGGCCGAAGCUGUGCUUUCUGGCCAUGGAUGGAAAUGAGUGUGUCGGAGCCAUUGUGUGCAAGUUGGAUAUGCACAAGAAACUGGUCAAACGAGGCUACAUCGCCAUGUUGGCGGUAGACGCCAAGUAUCGCAAGCGGAAAAUAGGUUCUACUCUGGUGCUAAAGGCGAUCGAAGCAAUGAUAGAAGACGACGCGGACGAAGUCGUUCUCGAGACCGAAAUCACCAACAAGCCGGCCCUGCGACUCUACGAGAACUUGGGAUUUGUGCGGGACAAGCGACUCUUUCGUUACUACCUGAAUGGGGUGGACGCCCUCAGGCUCAAACUGUGGCUGCGAUGACAGUCAUUUUGGCAAAAAACACGUGUGUCAUCACCCUCAUCUUUCUUUCUGCCUGUCUCACCUUUUUUUACCCGCCUUAUUUUGAUCACGAGGAUGCAAAAUGGCUCGCAGACAGCCUGGAUGUGUGCAUAGCAGCAUAUAUUUUUUUCUUCUUUUUAGUGUGUACGUACCUGCAUUGUCUGUGUGGAACAAGUUUUCUGUCACAGAGCUUUUUCACGGCGAGGCGUAACGGCACGAUUUUGCCUUCUGAGUUGAUGCGAGAGAUUAUUCGAUGGGAACGGUAACAGAUUGUUUAGUCCCUUCUGUUCCAUCGUCAUGAGAAUCAAUUGCAGUAUUAGCCACAGUGCUACUUCCUUUGGACUCCGAAUGACGUGUCAAGCUUCCUUUCCUUGCUCUUGUCUGUUGGUAUUGGCUUCUGUGCCUUCUCCUGGCUGAAAAUUAUUUUUCUUGUGGAUCCAGCGUUACAGAUACUGCCCAGUUACAUAAAAUUCAUAAUGAAACAGUUUAAACGUAAACAUCCAAUUUACUCUGGGUAGAUCUAUUGCAAAUGCCUGGGCUGUCCAACUAGCAAAGAUAUAUUUUUAUUUUUUACUGCUUCCCACACCACUUCCUGUGUCUCUCCUCCUGUGUGUACAGUCCAAUGCAGUGGUAAUGCUCCUUGUAUUCAAAUCAAACAUCUUGUUUUUUUUCCCUUCUCAUUUUGCGAGUGUUAUGAAAGGAAGGACGUCUCCAUCAGACGUGGAUCUCGCGAAGGCGCGCGUAAGAGUUGGACCUCUCCCAUUGCUCAUACCCAGGUCAAGUUCUAUUGUCUCAAAUUAUCUUUUCUCAUUUGUUUCACGGAACUGUUUUCGAAGCCUUGGUACAUUAAGUUGAAAGGCUCGCGGUGGACCUUCUUACCUCCCUCCCUGAGGAGUUUGUCGUAUCGACAAAACACAAUCGUGUCUUUGAAGAGCACUGUUGAGACAUGGAAAAUUGUGAAGAUACCCUCUGUAGUGGCUUACAAGGUCUAGUUCAAUCGCCAGCAUUUUGUGACACUGUGUGGCAUAUUAGCUGGGGUUCGGGAUGUUCCGGGCAUCUCCAUAGCUUUGGUUUGAUGUGUAAUAUAAGGCACCUGGUACGCGAUAAAACUUGAGUGUGGUUGCAAAGGACAAGCAUGUUGAAAUGGAGUUUAAUAAAAUUGAGGUACAUAAGCUUGG